AUGGAUUGUUAUGGAAAAUGUGUAGCACUUGCACUGGUCUUUUUGUCAGUCUGUAUGCAUGUCCUUUAUACCUUUCCUGAUGAAAAUUUUUUGGCUCCAGGUUGCCCUGAAUGCAGACUUAAGGAAAACCAGCGUUUCUCUAUCAAGGGAAUUGGUCGAAUUUUUCAGUGCAGUGGAUGCUGCUUUUCUAGGGCGUACCCUACCCCAAUGAGAUCAAAGAAGACAAUGUUGGUGCCAAAGAACAUUACUUCUGAAGCUAAGUGCUGUGUGGCAAAGACACAAUACAGAGUUGCAUUAACGGACACCGUGAAGAUUGAAAACCAUACAGCUUGUCACUGCAGUACCUGCCUAUACCACAAAUCCUAA